AUGUCACCAAGACAGUUCAAAAGAGUGGCAAAUAAAUUCCAAACCUGUAAUACGAUCAUAAAGGCUGGGGAUAUGUCGUAUAACACAGAGACUUACAAAAAACUACAAGAAAUCCUUAGCUCAAACAAUGUCAACAGAAAUGGAUGGUUAUUUACAUUUAAUUCCAUCCCAGGACAAUAUGAUGAAGUCUACCCUGGGAUCUUAUUAGGUAAUCGGGCUGGCGCUUUGAACAAGACAGCUCUGAAAAAAGAAGGUGUCACUCAUGUCUUGAACUGUGCCUGUGGCUCCAAGUUCAACAUGAUCAACACAGACGAAGGAUUCUACGAAGGACUGUCCAUCAAAUUCCUUGGAAUACCUGCUCAAGAUUUCCCAACAUACAAACUUAGCCAACAUUUUACAGUUGCUGCUGAUUACAUCGACAACGUGCUAAAAAAUAAAGGAAAAGUCUUUGUCCACUGUCAGAUGGGGGUUAGCCGAUCCGCCACUUUGGUUGUUGCCUUUCUGAUGUUGAAGCAAAGAAUGAAUGUCAUUGAUGCGGUCAGCACAAUCAAAGCCAAGCGUGAUAUUUUCCCUAAUGACGGUUUUCUCAAACAACUGAUGAGUAAUAUCAUUAUUGCUUUUGGAGUGGUAUGUGUUGGUAUACCAGAUACUGAAAAUCCACCUGAAAUUCGUCUCUUCAGAAAAAUUCUUUCCCAAAAAAACCCUCCAAAAAAUCAAAGAAAAAAAAAGCAAAAGAAAAAAAAGCAAAACAUAAACAAAAGCAGUCAAGGAAUGGCUUGA